AUGUUGGACAAGGGUAAACAUAAGAGCACAGAAGUGGAUGUAGAGCCAUCCAUAGGAUUGGAUAGCCGUCUGAGUAUCACAGCGAUAGAGCCGGAACGCCGAAAAGCUACAUCUAGUCACGCCGUCAAUUCUUGGAUCGCCCUAGCUUACGAUAUCCUACGCUUCGUGAUACGGGACGUAGCUAAACCAACAUCUAGUCAUGCCCUCAAAUACCAUAGACAAGGCAAAAUACCGAUUAAGCAGAGGAAAGAAGUUGAUCAUGUUUCUGACCUUCCUGCAACCGGCACUGUUCCCGAAGCCGCAUCUCGAGAAGGUCUAGCAAGCGGGCCAAUACUUGCCAACUACAAUGGUAAUCUCCCCACGAACCUAGAUAAAGCUGUUUUGGAUGAUAUGAUUGGGCGUCUCCCUACUUCACCUGGUUUAUCGUCAAGGACGCUAUGCCUCAGCAACGAGGAGAUAAUAACGCUCUGUAUGGUGUCGCGAGAUAUAUUCCUUUCACAGCCUGUGCUGCUGGAGUUGAAGGCUCCUAUUAAGAUUGUCGGAGGCAUCUAUGGAAUGUUUGAUUUGUGCGGCUACCUAUCUAACGCUAACUAUCUAUUUCCUGGUGACCACGUCGAUCGUGGCAAACUCGGCUUCUUCCUGUUGCGUGGGAACUAUGAAUGUGCCAAUUUCACUCGUGUUUAUGGAUUUUAUGAUGAGUGCAAAUGUCGGUGCAGCCUUAAGAUCUGGAAGACGUUCAUCGAUGUUUUCAACUGUCUCCUAGUGGCAGCUAUCGUCUCCGAGAAGAUCGUUUGUGUCCACGGUGGACUAUCGCCCUCUCUUCUAACAUGCAUGGAGGAUAUUUGUGUAAUUAAUGGCCCCACUGAUAUACCUGAGUAUGGUAUCCUCAAUGAUCUUCUUUGGAGUGGCCCGGCAGAUAUGAAAAUUAUUGGGCGGCGAACGAAAGUGGUGUAA